AUGGCUGGCUUGAUACUUCGUCUCUAUUGUUGAAUGUUCCAUGCGGGGGACAGUCUGGACCAAACAGAUUUAACCAGACAUGAAAAAUGAACAUGUACCCCGGAUGUGAGAAACCGCAGCACGGGAUAACAUGGGCCAGCAUAAUACUUAUCGCCAUCAAUUGCGUUAGUGGCGAAAACGGCACAAUUUGCCCGCACUUCUGCAUUUGUUCAACCAGCACAUUCCAAAAUGAGACGACUUGGACGUUAGAUUGUUCUAGUCAUGGCCUUGGGCCAAAUAUUCCACAAUUUCCCAUUCUGUCACUGAAUGGAUCUCUUACCGUCUUAAAUCUAAUGAAUAACAGUAUUGAUACUCUAUACGACAAUGCAUUUGGAAAUCUAAGUUUUAUCAGUACGCUCUACCUGUCCAAUAACAAUAUCAGUAUUAUUUCAAACGGUGCGUUUAGCACAGUAAGGUUUUUGUCGCGGCUAUAUUUAGACGGAAAUAGAAUUAAGGUGUUUCCAUACGUACCAAUUAACAAUCUUACACGACUGGAAGUCGUCAACUUGUCUCGAAAUGAAAUUCAAGGAGAUAGUUUCAAUACAGAAGAUGAUUUGUCGCAUCUGACGGAGUUGGACCUCAGCAGCAACGCGCUCACAGAAAUCUCACCUAACGCAUUUUCAAGUUUCCCAAACCUGAGAGCUUUGAACCUUGCGGGAAAUUCAAUCUACAAUAUUUCUAACGAAGCUUUUAAUGAAGCUUUACACACAUUGGACCUGGGUGGAAAUUCUUUGACAGAGAGCAGAGAUUUUGGGUUUUUAUUAAAUUUACGGAGCCUGACCAGUUUGAGACUAAGUAACAAUAAUCUAACAAUGGUUCCGAAAAUGUUAGGGAAUUUGACUCAGCUUCAGUAUCUAGAUUUAUCCUAUGCUAAUUUAGAAUCUUUUACCGAUAAAGAUUGCAAAAGCCUGGUAGCUUUAAAGACGUUGGAUUUAUCACGCAAUGGAAUUAAUGUUAUAGACGAAAAUACGUUUGGAACACAAGGUAACUUGGAGCAUUUGUACCUUCAAAACAACAACAUCAGAACUUUUAAAAAAGACGCUUUUCAUGGGCUCAGGGAUUCUCUCAUAUCUCUAGAUAUUUCCUAUAACCAACUCCAACUUUUGGAGUACGAAGUAUUUGCCUCUUUACAAAACCUACAGCAAUUCAACUUCCAUGGCAAUUCUUUGAUCUGUGAUUGUCAGCUACUGUGGUUACGGGAGUUAAACACCACGAGUGUUCAAGUCUCUUUCUGUGCAAAACCAGCUGAAUAUCUCAACCACACUGUACUUCAAUUCCCCAGUAGUAACUGUUCGGUGACAUUCAGCAAUACGACAAUCAGCAGCAACUUGACAACGGGUAAUUUCAGUGGUUUAAGCACGGUCAGUAGCAAUCUUACAACCAAAGAUAUCGGGAAUGACGUCACCACUGACGGGGUUGCAGAAUUUUCCUCUGCAACUUCACACACUUCCACGGAACCAGCUGAAUCAACGACAACAUCAACAACAACGAGAGCUACUAGUGCAUCAACGUUAACAACAACCAAUUUAUCCACGACAAUCAAUUUGCCAAGUUCAACCACACUUAGAACUACGGAAUGGUCUGCUGCACCAUCAGUAUUAGGGUUGAGUUCCACCGUGGUCAUCGCUGUCAUUUCUCUUCUGGCGUUUUUCGUGCUCUUUAUCUUGUUGUUCAUUCUCUGUAAAAGAAUACGCCACGGUGCACACGUAGGAACUGGUGACGACACCCCAAGACCCACCUCCCGUCAAUCACUUGUUAAAGCCACGCCCAUGACUGACAAUCCACUAACCAGUAGGAAGAAACUAGUUUACAACAACGAAUCAUUUGAACAUGAUCGAUCAGAAAGACUAGCCAGGACUAGGAAGAAAUUUAGAGAGAGCAUUAAUUAA